AUGCAGUCGUUGCCGGCGCCUGCGAUCAAGAAUCGAGAGAGCACGACGACGGUGUCCGAUCAGCUCGACCCGGACACCCAUGCAGAAAUCUUCCACACUAUUCAGACCGCAGCACUUGCGACCACGAAUCCGGUUGACCAACCGAUGGCGAUCCUCUUAGGCGGUCAACCGGGCGCCGGAAAAUCGCGCUUGGCCAGCGCCGCAAUGAAGGAUCUCGGCGGCAAUGCUGUGAAGGUUGAUGCUGACGAAUUGCGGCAAUUCCACCCGCGAUAUAUCGAUUUGAUGCGCGAAAAUGAUCUCACAGCGAGUGAUCGAAUCCAUCCUGACGCAGGCCCUUGGGCUGUAAAGCUCACGCGCGCUGCGAUAACUGCACGCCGGAAUCUUGUCAUCGACGGCACAAUGCGAAACGCGGACGAUUUAGUCGCACUUUGCCGCAGUUUCCGUGAGGCUGGUUAUUACAUUGAGGCUCGAGUCAUGGCCGUCAGCAGGCUUAUCAGUCUUCUGAGCAUACAUGAGCGUUACGAGCAUCAGCGGCAAGCCAUCGGUUUCGGUCGCUGGGUAAGCUGCAACCACCAUGACGCCGCUUUUGCUGGCGUGCCACUCACUGUAGAGAGACUUGAGGCGUAUAGGUUGGUUGACAGGAUGGCGAUCUACGCGCGUGACAACGAUGCGCCCGUGUACGAAAAUCGACUCGAGCACGGCAUAUGGCAACGACCACCAGCAGGCCGGACCCGCCUUGACGCCGAGCGCAUCCAACUGGAAGAGAAUAGCGCCGGCGUAAUGAGGUUGACCGGGGCCUAUGCUGGAAAGCGGGAUUGA